AUGCAGCCAAAAGAGGGUGAAAUGGCUUCAAGACAGACUGGAAAAGUACUGCUUACAGCUAAAAGCUACUGCCACUUAUACAACAGGUUGUUGUUAGCAAGAAGCAAGGUACUAAACUUUGCCAAAUAGACUGAUAUUAUUAUUCUUUCAGUAAUCAUAAUGGUUCACAAAUGAUGACUAGAUAUAAAUACAGUUGAUGAUCUUACAGUGCUUAUUUUCUAUCAUACACCUUCCAUGAACUGUAUGGGAACUGUAUAAAAUGUUAAUAUACUUCAACUAAUUAAAAGCUAUUUCCUUCAAACCAGACCCCUGAGACCCCUGAAUUAGGAUUAAAAGAUCAGAUUUCUGAAAAGCUGUGGAAUCAACUCACAGAGGGACAACAACAACUACUUAAUAAUGAAAAAGGGAGACCAGCUAGUACACUGGACAACAAACAGGCAGCACCUAUUGUGAAGGAAAUUGCUAAAAUGCAGUUAGCAGGCUCCAAGGCACUUGGUAACCUAUAGAUUUUUCUGAAGAUCAUUUUCAUUUCCUUAAAAUAGAUUCAAAACCAGGAAGCUAAUGCUUGCGUACCUGAAUAUACAGUUACACUGCUUCUACAUACCGUCAUACAACUGACCCAUCCCAGAAACAAAUCCCUGAAACAUGAAAUCUUCUUUUCAUAACCGUAUUGUAGUUUUCUAACAAAGGUGAGACAACAAACACACAUAUAUUAAACCAUGUUACUUUUCUAAAAGCCCCAGUUUUGAAAAGUUGUUGACAGUUAUCUCACAACUCUUUGCACUUUGUCAUCUUAUGAAAGUUCAUCACCUCUCUUUUUUGAUAUCUGUCUUGGAUAGAGCCAACCUGUAGAGAGAGUUUUCCCUAAAUACAAAAUCUUUCACUUUGUAGGAUCAAUCUCAGCGACUUCUGUUGAUGAAAAGGAAAGAGAUGAACAUCCAGUUAUACACGUAGUAACUGACACUGUUCUACAGAAUGAGAAGGAAAAUACUUUUCGGAGAAAAGAGCUUGUCUCAAAAAGGUAACCUUGAACUGCUAUCAGUGGCUUAAGAGCCUGACUAGGUGGAUGUUAAUUGAUAAAGUCCUUUGAUAUUUUGAAGUUAUCAUAAAAUUUAAAGAGAUCUUCUCAAACAGGAAACAACGGAAGAGGUCACAUGGCUCCAAAGGUGGUAGUAAUCAGUCAUCAUCUCACAGCUUGAUGCAGAUGUUUCCUCCAACAACUCCAAAGGAGGAUCAGUCUGAUCAAGAAUCUGAUACCACUGCUGAACCACAAUCAGAACCAGAGGAUUUUGAUGAUCAACGAUCUGUUUCUGUGGUUAGUUCUGUGGGCAUUCAAGACUUAGAGGGACAUGAAGCUGAUACCAAGGACAUUCCAACAAUGGAGGUUUCUGAGACAGCUGAUACACCAUUUGGUAUGUUAUGAAUUAAUGAUCUUACUCUUUAAUCCCUUAGAGUGACUAAAAUCAAAUUUUUUCUUUCCGUGUCACUGCUGAACCAAACAUUACUGUCAAAGAAGCUCUUGUUUUUUAAUAAAUUUUCCUCGUCAGUAAAAUAGUAAAUGUAGAGAGAACAGAAUGGAGAAUGUGUAUACUGGUGUAAUUUUGUAAAGGGUUAAGGUUACCUCCUGUAGGCUAAGUAGCCCAUUACUCCUGGUUUGUAUCCAUGAAGAUAUCCAUAGAAUGAUUGUAGCAAGUAAAACUAAUAAUAAUUGUAGCUACACAUCCUGGAUGGAAUGCAAGCUCAUCUCGGGUAAGAAUAGGUCAGCAGGGUAUCAAGUUUCCAUGAUAGUUGGUUAGGAGUCAUAUAACUUUGCAUGCUCCUGGGAGGAGAGAGACACAAGUGUCAGCUGUCUAAGAACACAACAUGCAAGGGCUCAACAUGCUCAAAUUUCAAAUUUUCAUGAUUGUGUAGUGUCAUUUGGUGGAUUUACACUGUAAAGCAAUGGUUAGCCCUUUACACCCUAACAUUAGUAAGUACUUACAUACAGUAUUGACCUGGAGAAUUUGUUUAACAAUCAAGAGCUUCUUGACUGAGAUGCGAGUCACACUUGGAGACUGAAGGGUUAAAAAGAUUGGCCAUUUCUUCAGUUUACUUUACCAGUGAGAAUCCUUUUCCUGAUGGUUUUUGCAGUCUGUGUGUGUUUUUUUGCUUGAAUAUUUAAGUCUAUGUAACACUCUGAAUCAGCUUUAAAUCUUCUUGUUGUUGCCUUUUAGGUACAGAAGGUUCACCAAAAAGCAAAACUGACAGAGCAAGGCUUGGAAACUUGAGAGCAAUUUCUACAGCAGACACAAGGAACGAGGAAGGUGAAAACAUGGAUGAUGAUGAUAAGGUCGCAGAGUACUGGAACUCAGAUCAUCACAAGUUUGAAUGGUCAAAUUAUAUGCAGAGUCUGGAUUCACGUUCUUGGCAUGCCCUUGGGCUGGGAGUACCUGAGAGUUUUUUGUCAAGAGGUCAGUAUUUUUAUUACUUAAGAAUAUGUAGUAUAGCUCUAUCUCUGAUCACCUGAGGGAGGUUCUUAAAGGGGCCAUUAUUGAUGAAAGUGACUGAUAUCUGAACAACAAAAUGUCAUCACCAGGGACAACUGAUUAAAUACAAUUUAAUUAAUUAUAUAUUUAUGGUAUUUAUCUUUAUUGAAGAUGCCAACUCCAUUUAUUUAUAAAUUAACAAAUUAUUCCUUCUUUAUUAAAACCAUUAAGAAAUAAUCACAUGAUGAUAAAAGUUUAAAAAAUGCACUGUAGAAGUACAUGAAGAAGGGAAAAAUUAAGAAUCCAGCAUCUACUGAAUUAAUAAGGUUGUUGUCUGUGAGCUGAAUAUUUUUAUAUUUUUCCUGCACUGGACUUUAUUGAUGACUGCCUGCUUAGGUUUUUUGAAAAAUCAGGGAAUAGUCAAUCAUGUCAUUAAAUUAUUAGAAAAUCAUUUCCUUAGUUCCACUUUUCUCUGAUUUGCAGAAAAGCCACAUUUUGACCCAGAACUUCCUUGGAAAGAGAAACCAAUGAAAGUUACCAGUGUCAUUGAUGUGCAUGUAUGUACAUAGAUUAUAAGCAUGGUAUUAAAACUAAUCCUUUACACUUUAACAUCAAAUUGAAUAUGCAAGUUCUCAAUACUGUUCUCUAUAUACAUUUUCUACAGUACUUACAAAGAGAAUUUGUCUAACACUUGAGAGCUUCUUGAGUUGGCAAUCAUUUCCUUUAUUCUCAUGACCUUAAUAUUUGAUUCAGGGGGGAUGCUGUUGGGAAAAAUUGGAUGCUUAUAAAGAAUAAUUGGGAGUUUUUCAUGAAGUGAUGAUGUGGUUUACAAAAUUGUUCUGCUCAAGAAUAUUUUCUGAUGAAAUGGGUGAACAAAGCAGACACUUAAUAUGUGACUCUCCAUUUCAACUUUGCAUGGAAGUUAUGAAUGAAUAAACCCACCUGCUGAAAAUGGAAAUUAUACUUGCAAAUCAUUUGUCAAACUGAAAAGAUUUCACCAAUUAUUACAAUUUACUGGUAAUUUGCAACCUGGUUUAAAGGACGUUCUUUAUUAUCAUUUUUUUUUCCCCACAGAAAAUUGCACUUGACAAGUUGCUGUUGAGACUUCACAAAAUGUAUGAGGCGAUUGGGCAAGCCACUCAGACAACAAUAGACCCCAUUUUGAAAGAUCAAAAAAUUGAGACAGUGAUGGGAAAACUUGAACGUAUGUUAAUUUACAAAAGUCAUUGAUUUGACAGCAAUGUGUGCAAAAUUUACUGAGCGACUUUUGUCAGAUCUAAAUUAAAUGCCUUUCUGCCUUUGUUCUGUACUCAAUUACAUAACAUAACAAUUCUUUGGAAGGUUUUGCUUUGCAUAAACUUCAAAUACUUUGCUACAUUCUAAAGAAAGUUGUGUUUCUCUUUCUAGUGGAAGUAGAGGGAGGCUCAGCUAUGGAAAAACAGCAGGUAGAGGAUUUCAUUUGUGGAAAAAAAUUGCCUUAAUAAGUUGAAGAUGUAUAAUUUUUGACUUAAUUAAAAUGUUCAAAAAACCUAAUUUUGGUAUUUUCAGAAGCCUGCCUUAAUUGUCUCAGAGUCAAUGAUAAUUAUAGCUGUAUUGAUUUCAUUAUUUUUAUAUACCACACAAGUGAAUAGUGCUUUUCAUACAUGCCAAUUAAUGGCUUAAUAAUGUUUGGGAAGUGAGUAACCAGAGUGCUAUUCACCUCAGGGCAGUUGAAGACAAAAGCGUGUCUCAUAAGUUUAAUUUCCAACCAUUUUUUGUAGCAUUAAAAGAAAUAACUAAUCUUUCGAUUGUAAAUACUAAACAGUUAUUCACCUCAGUGUCAGUGGAAGUUGUGGAUAUUUACCUCAACUAUGGUGAAUUAUUGUUAAGUGCAAUUAAUACCAGUGUGAUAAUAAUAUUAUUGUUAUUGUGAUAAUUAAUAAAAUUACGAAAUUCAUCAUCUUUCCACACAUUUGAAAAAUUUUAUCCACAAAAGUAUAUGUUAGUCUGAAUAUAGGUGCAGAAUAGUUUAUCUAAUAAAAAUACCUGAAUAUUUUUUUAUUUCUAUCAAUUUCUCUCAACAGGUUGCACCACUACCAGUAUCAAAACAUGCAAGUCAUAUCAGUUUGCCACAUAUUGGAAGCCCAAUAGCUCGGCAGAAGAGUACAUUUUCCACUGAGAAGUACCCAGUCAUCAUACAUGAGCCUUCAGCUGUUAGAACAGCCAGACGUGUAAGUCUCUGCCUUGUCCAGCAUGUGUUGAAGUUGCUAAUAUUCAUAUUUUAUCAAUUUUGAUACCACUUAAAAUGAGGAGAAAGAGGUUAUUGACCAUUUAACCCCCAAGAGUGAUUAGCAUCUAAUUUCUCCUUACAAUAUCACCCCCCAAUCAAACGUGAAGGUCAUGAGAAUAAAGGAAAUUAACUUCUUAGUUAAACAGUUUAAUUCUCCUUAUUAGCACCUUGGGAUAUGAUAGAAAACAGUAUGGAGAAUAUACAUACUGAUGUUAUAGUGUAAAGGGUUAAAGAGGAGAGAAAGGAAGGAAUAGAUGGUCAUGUUACUCCACCGAAAUAUGCCAGUCAGAUAACAUCUUAAUGGUGUUCAGGACAACUUGGUCAGCGAAGAGACUUGUAGACUUGAUGGUGUGUAGUUAAAUUCCAGAAAGCUCUUGUCUAAGCCAAUUGAUUUGUUCUAGUGCUUAAACUUCAGGGGCCAGUUGUAGAGGGCAGAUAACACUAUCCAACAAAAAAAUUGCUAUGCAGUGGAUGAGUGAUAGUAAAACAUACGCGUUAUCCACUGGAUAGAGAUUUAUUCAGUGGAUAAUGUUAUACAAUCUUUUAAUAACUAGAAAUAGCGUAUAAAAUAUAAGCAUAUAAAUAUAGAAAUAGCCUUUCAAUGAUGCAUGUUGUGCCGUAGUUUGUACCAGCUUGAGUCAGUAAAGUCUCACAGUUACCUACAUUAAUACUACUUCGAUAGAAUCCAACGAAACUGUAUCCCCAGCACUCCUCAUCUUGGUGUGAAGAUUUCGAAGGAGGUUAUAGAAUUCCAAGAAUUUUCAAAGUGAAAUCAAAACAAAACUCCAGAGUGCAAAAAGGCAUUGUGCAGGUCAGUUAAUACUAAAGACUGAAAAGAAGUGAUUUCUCCCAAGUCAUGAGCAAGUGUUCUAUUUUUAAAAUUAGUGACUACAAGCUUAAUUUUCUUUUUUCCAGCGAUAUUGGAUGCUUAGUAGAUUAAUAUAUUAUUUUAGAUCUGUUACAGUGUCAAAACAAAAUUUUUAUCUCAUGCAUUGUGAAAAUUUUGUUAUUCCCUUAGCCACGUUAUUUACUAAGAAAUGAGGAAAGUCCUAAAAGUGAGCGGCAAGUUAUUGAAUUGUAAGUUUCAAAAUAUCUUUAGCUUUCUGAAAAUUAAAGAUAAUUAAAAUAUGUUAAAUUAAAAGCUGAACAAGCAUUGGAUAGGAGAGAGGGAGUGAUUGAUGGAAAGAUGGUUUAUAUUCAUAGGUAUUAAAUAUGCCAACUCUCUUGGAUUAUCUAAGGGUCUCCUGGAUUCUGAACUUAUCUCCCAGUCUCCAGCACAGUUUGCUAAAAAUGGAAACAAUUGUCAUUUUUUCAUAUAGUAGCUAAAAAGGGGAAAUCAAGUAUAUUUGGUCAGGAAAGGUUUCCUCUUUGUGAAUGUUUUGCUGAUUAUAGAAAUUUUGCAUCCAUGUUAGUGAUAACAGUUCAUGGGAGAGGCUGGGAUAAAGUGGUGUUUGAGGGUGGGUGGGUGGAGGGGUUCUUGAUUGAAGAAAUUCUCCUCCCACCCACUCUUAGAGAUCUUCAGAUUUCAGUUUUCCAGUGGGUUGCAUUUCAGGAAACCUAGCACAUACUCUAGCUGACAAAAGAUGAUUUGAAGUCCUGCAUUACUGUUAGUAUCAAAAAAUUGGUACUCAACACAUUUUUUCAAUUCCAAUGUUAGAGAUCUUGCCAAUACAUCCUUGUGGAAGCCAUCUAUGCUAAAGAAAAUAGUUACAGCAUUGAAAGGUAUAGUACAGUAUUUUAUUACUGAUUACGAUGUUAAGAUGAAAGGUUCUUUAACCUUUAACUCAUAUGAGUGACCAAGAUGGAAUUUCUCCCAACAAUAUCAACACAACAUCAAGCAGACAAGUGAUAAGAAUAAAAAAAGAUAUCAAUUACCAAAUUCUCCAAACUAACAUCAUAAAAAUUGUACAGCAGACUUUCAGUAAGGAGAAUUGCUCAUUAUAUCUUGGGAAUGAAUGGGUUUGCCGGUAAGAAAUUUAUCUCACAACAUCUGAUGAUUAAUCAGUUCUCUCCUCUUGCUGAUACUCAUCUCCUUGUGUGGAUAAGUUUUUACAUUCUCACGACACAUCGCAUUUUUGUGGAAAUUGAAUUGAGUGUGAAGCAAGGUUUAUUGUCAAUUGCAUUUCCAGAAGUUAAAGAGUUAAACUGGGAAUAGAGUCUUUCAGUAGGUUUUUUGCUCUCAUUGGUUUGAUGGCUAUAAUAGAGUAAUUUUCAGUAUUAUUUUCUGUAUUUGAUUCAGGAAUGUUUUACAUUUGCUGGAAUUCACUUUUACAAUAAUUGAUAAUAGAUAAUAAUUAUUACCAUCAUCAUAUGAUAACGACUUUCCAAAAUCUCACUGAUACUUCUCCUUACUGUCUGCCAUACAGUUAAUGUGCUGUUAGUUCAGAGAAUAAGGUAUUGUAUCAACAAACAAUCUCCUAACUUAUAUAUAUUUUUGUUUUAUUCACAUCACUAAUGUCUGCUUGAUAUUGUUUUGAUAUUGUAAGUGAACAGUUUCUCUUGGUCACUCAGGGGUUAAUGGUUAAGAUCUGAAUUGUUUGAUCCAACAGCAUUUACGCCAAUGCAGAGAGAGCAGUCAUUAGUUGUACAAGGUGAUGGUCCCAGGUGGAACAGAAUUCAGGUAAUGACGAAUUAUUUUAUUACCCAAUAUGUAAUUUUGUUGUACAGUAAGGGUAUCACUGCUACAUGUACAUGUAAAUUGUUAAAUUAAUGAAAGAAUCAUUUCCUUAUAGACUUUGUUGAGUGAAAGAGGUGUGUUGUCUUCAAAUUCAACAGUAGCUGCGGAAGCUGUUAAGGUAAUGCUCACUUAGCAAUGUACACCCUUAAAUCAGUGUGCAUAUUCUCCUUUCACUUUGUUAUACAUUUCUCAAAGGACUAACAAGGAGAAUUUGCCUAACAAUCAAAGUCUGCUUUAGUAGGUGAAUAUUUCUUUCAGUCUCAAGGCCUUCUCAGACUUUUUAUAUUUAGUGAAAAAGGUAAAAAACGUUCUCUGGUUAAAAAGGUUUUAAAAUAUGAGCUUUCAGCUAUUAUACUAUAGCCUUUAACGUUCAUAUAUAUGGACUAUAGUAUAAUAGCCGAAAGCUCAUAUUUUAAAACCAUUUUAACCAGAGAACGUUUUUUUACCUUUUUCACUAUGUCAUAUCCUGGUUACAGUUCAAUUUUUAAUUUUUAUAUUUAAUUUAUUAGAUUUAAAUGUGAGCAAUUAUUGUGUAUACACCCUGUACUUCAUAAUGCAGACCAAGCACUGUAAAGUGUCCAAUCUAUUCAAGGCUGUCCAAUUCCUUAAGGACAUCUUUAGGUUGUUUAAGAUUCAAGACCCAGAAAGUCAUAUUCUAUUUGGUGGCACACAGCCAUUCAGACCACCAUAAAAUAGUAACCUCCUAGAAUUAUUUAUUCACUGUGAGUUGCGUACUUUAACCUCUGACUAUAUAUUCUUUUUAAAGUUAGAUUCCUCUGUAAGUAAAAUGUGAUUCACAGUUCUUUUCCUCUUAUUUAGACUAUUGGUCAGCUCAAGUGCCGUGAGAAGUGUGUUAUAGAUACCUUGACUGAAGUGGUAUGUACUGGUUCAAUAACCCUUUGGACUCCUGAGAUCUGAUUAUUAAUUCACCCUUUAGCUGCUACACAUUUCCUUAUAAAUUAAUUAGGAGAAUUUGGUCUUGGAUGAAGAAAAAACUUGUACCUGAUAAAUUUGAGUAUCCGUGUUACCUUUUAGCUUGAAAAUAUAUAUGGACAAAAAGGGAGAGGUUACAAGUUAAUCACUUCUGAGAAUUAAAGGUUUAAUGAAUAUUAGUGCUCUUAUGAGAAUUUAAGUUGAACAUCUCUCAGAUUGUUCAUUUAAGAUUUAAAACUAGGGAGAGGGCAGAUAUGAUGGUUGAUUUGCAAAAAAGCAUUUGCAAAGAAAUGUCAUAAACUGAUUUAGGAUUUUCCACAUGUAUUAUGGAACUCCCCUUGAGAAUCUUUUUGUUACUGUUAUUUAGAGCCAAUUUCUGGUUAAGAUACUUAAAUCUCAGACGGUGUGCCUCUUUGAUUGUUUAUCGUUUCACAAAAAGAUCUGACAAGGCAAAAUAAAAAAAUGUGCCACUCAAACUGUAUGUAUUAAUAUUCUAUUGCUCUUUUUCAGAUAAAACAACAAAAAGACCCAAAAGUCUGCUAUGAAGCAAGCAAGGCAUUAAUCUUAUUAGGUGAAUUCUUCAUUUUUGGUUUUGGAUUAACUGCAAAUUUCUCAUUUUCUUCAUUAACAUUCCAUAGCCACACCCUGAGACACAACAAUAUCAUCAGCUGAGCCACAUUUACAAUCUCCUCAACUAGACUUUGUCUUGAUAAUAUUAUUAUUUUCUUGACUUAAAACUAAUUGUUAUUAAAGACCAGGGUAGGUUGGUAUGUGAAUAUGUUAAAUGACUGUUACAUGGCUCAUUUCUUCUAUCUUCUACCCUAGGGACAUGGGAUCCUUAUGGUAUGGCAGUUAUAAGACAAUACAUCAACAAAGGUUAGAAAAUCUCAAAAUACUCUUUGCAAGCAUUGCACAUUGAGAGGAGAACACUUCCCAUGGCUUCUUGCAAAAAUGUAGAGCACCAUCUUUACAUAAUACAUGAGAAAAAUAGUGUGACACUUCAGCCCACUGGGGGAAAUCCAGUUACUCUGGCAUUUCUUAAUGUGAUGCUUUACAGACCUAAAUAUCAUCAUUUCACAAGUGUUGAUCAAAUGUUGAUGAAGGAACUUUUCCUUCACUUUGUUUACUUUACAGGCUAUAUAAGUGACUUUCAGUUUUCUGAAUAUCUUUUAGUUGAUUUGAACCAAUUUUAGCAAUAUUUCCUGAAAUUCUCUCUCUUCUUUCCAGGCAAUAAGGAUGUUGUGUUGGAAUUAUUAUCAACAAUGACUAAAGCUAGAGAUAUAGCUUUUGUGGACAAGGUAACUACAAUACUCUUACUUCUAACUUUUAGUUUGAGUUGAUGCACUCCCCCCCCCCUCUCUCUCUCUUCAGAGAUAUAAAAAGCAAUGUUAAAGAGUGAAAACUGGGUGUCACAACGCUCACAACAACCAAUCAAAGGAAAGAAAAUACCACAAACUGUCUGGAAAACCUUAAAAAAAAUGAUGGGGGUAACUAAACUAGCAUCCCAUUUAGGGGAAAGGGGGGCAGUGCUCUUUUUUGGGGGGGGGGGGGGGGCACCAAAAAUUAUUCCUUAAAUCCUUGGCACACUAUGAAGCAAAGGUGAUUUAAUAAAGUAAUCACCUUCUAUUUUAGACCACCAAAGAGUUUAAGCAGAUGGUCAGUUUACUAAUACACACUGUAAAGACCCAGUCUCCCGAGCUAGCAUUUCAUGCAGCAGUGAGUCUUGGUCGAUUGUGUGUGGUUGAACCAGUCUCAAAGAUGUACCUCAUCACCAGGCUUCCUGGGUUGUCUCCACGUGACAAGGGAGAGGUAAGAGUUUGGCCUUUAAACAGAGGGAAAGAUAUAGCUUUUUAUGCAUUAAAUCAAACUACUGAAUAACCCAUAGGAAUAUGUGGAUUGGAAUAUUGAAACUAUGAAACUCUCGAAUGUAAUUUGUUUUUUCCAUAGGCAUUGUACGUUUUGAUUAAACAAAUGAAUUGUAAGGAAAAACUGGUCUUGGAUGCGUUAUUAGAACAGCUGAGUACGGCUCACAACUGGAAGGUGAGUUUGUCUCUUUAUUUUCCAUUCAACCCUAUCGAGUUUAUUAAAAGAAUCGCUAAGGUUGUUCAAUUCACCUACACGGACUAAGUCUGCGAAUUUUUAUAACUCUAGAUAUGUGUUUUCUUUGCGUGCCAACCUUAAAUGGUGAACCGUAAGUAAAACAUGUCAUCAGCUUGAUUUAAGGCGGGAGAAACUAGGUCCCAGACCACUCACUUUAAGCGUAGGAAAAACGUGACACGCGCCUGUAAAUAUUGCAAAAAGCGUGAAAGUGCGUGUAGUAGCAUUAACAAAAAGGACACUUGUUGACAAGAUGACUGUCAGUUUUAAUAGAGCAUGUUGCCUGAACUUCGCAUUCUUAGGCAGCUUAAAAACCAAAACCUCAAGAUAUUCGGUAGGACAAACUGUCUAAAUAAAAGUUGAUACCGACUUUGUUUUCUCCCUUUGUUUGACAGCUAAGAAUGGAAGCAGCUGAUUUACUCAUUUUUGUUGGUACGUGGAGAUUUAGUUUCUUAAUUUGUUUUCUUAAAUAAUUAUUCAAUCUUGUUCCAGUUCAAUCAUUUUUAAGCUACAGAGAGUAGUUUGGACGUUGACUUAGUGGUUAAGCGUUACGUUUACGGAGAAACUGAAAAUAUUUGAGUUUCUCAGCGUCUAUUGUUUGCUCAAUUAGGUACUAUAGUUUGCUUAGCUACGAACAAGACACUCGCAGAAGAUGUUUCAAGGAUCAUAGGAAUGGCUAGGAAUUGGAAUGAGAACGGAAGUCCGUUUUUGUUUUUGCUAGUUUGCUAUAAUCUUAACUCCUAAACUUCCUACGGUAGCGAAUUUUCAACCGCUGUUGAAGUUUGCCUUUCAGUUUAAUUUUUAUUUGGGAAAUUUCAGGAUCAAGAGACGUUUUUAAAGUGAAAAGUUCGGAUGAAGUGUUUGAUACACUGGAAGAGCUUCUUUGGGAUCACGCUAAUAAGGUAUACGAAGUUAUGAACUAAACAAAUUAACAAAUGUUUACUGCGGGAAGCAUCGUUAAUAAUAUUGCGCAUGAAAGCCUUGAUAAAAACGUAUUAGGGGGUUUAAACACGAGAUUUUAAAAAGUGAUAGUUAAAAUUUUUCUGCCCCCUAGUCAAAAUUGUUUAGUUUUGUUUCUUGGUGUUCCGCUUUGUAGGAAUUGAGAAGUAAAGUGUCCGAAGCAUUGAGCUCGCUUGGCUUGCGACAAAGAGCAUGUCAACUGGUGCUAAGGUACAUUUUAAAUCUUGGAAUUUUAAAAUCUCUCGGACCUUUUCUCCGUCACAUAGUAAAAUUAGCUUAGUUAUGUCCAGUUCUCUGUCCGUAGAGACAAACGAAUAAGGGUGCCAGAGAAAAUCGCCGGGGUCUAAGACAGGAGUAGCCCUAUUUCUCUCUUCCCUCUUCUGCUCUGACGAAGGGAUAACGCUCGAAACGUCAGCCUUUCAGCUCUUUACAGUGGUCAAUUUACGUUUUCAACUCAGUUGUUAGCACUAAAUUGCCUGCUAUACUCUCCCACCGACGCAGCACCACAGUUUCUUUAGAAACUUACCUCCUUUGAUCAGAGAACUAACUCGUUCACAGUGGUCUCGUUUCUAGUGGGGAAGUGUAGUACUACCACGACGAAGGUGAGAAUGAGAGAGAAAAUGUGAAAACGAUGAAGAGGAGCUUCAUCUGAAUCCAUAUUUUUCUUGUCUCUUUUGUUUGUUCCAGUGUAAUUUUUUUUUUUUUUUUGGGGGGGUGGGGAAGGCUGGGGUUGCUUCUGAAUGGCCAGCUUUAUUAUUGUUUAUGAUUUUUGUGACUGGCCAUUUUGAGUGUUUCAAUCUUGCAUGGCUGUUAAAUACCCAACUAAAAUCUGUCACGAACUCUUUGCUUAACCCUUACUUUGGUUUCGCAUUUGAACCAGACGACUAGAAGACCCAGCAGAAGAAGUUCGCGGGCGUGCAGUCAUUUCCUUGGUAUGCAAAUUAAUAAUUUUUUUAAAAUAAUAUUGCUGUUUUGAUUAUCUUAAUUUAUUCAUUUAUUUCGGAUUUGUUGCGUUUUUUUUUUGUUUAACUUUUGUUUUUUAUUGUUAUUGUCAUUGACAGUGUCAUUAUUGUUUUUGGUUUCCUUGCCAUUUCAUUAUCAUUAUCAAUUUUUUUGUCGUUACCGUUAUUCAUUUGUUUUUCAGGCAAUAACCCUUUAACCUUUAAGAGUGAUUAGCAUCUAAUUUCUCCUUUCAGCAUCAUCCUGAAUUAAACAUUUAUGGUAAUAAGAGUAAAGAAAAUGAUCAUCAACUUAAUGCGCUCGUGAUUGUUAAACAAAAUCUCCUCUUGUCAGACCCAUAGGAAAUUUAUAGAAGGCAGUAUAGAGAAUAUCUAUCCUAAUGUUUAUGUGUAAAGGGUGUAGCUUUCGUUAUGAAUUACAGGAUUUCCCAUUCAAAGCUGAAGUCUGAUCUGUCGUUGUUUCGUCACAGAGAGACGACAAUUUUAGACUCAGAUUCUGGCAACGGAACGCACGAGUUGAUACUUGAUGUUUUUUUUUCAUCCACAGGCGACUCUAGAGAUGAAAGGAGUGAAAGAAAUGAAGGCGCUGUUAGACAUCUUAGAACUGGACUCUAGUGGUUAUGUCAGAAUACAGGUGACGUUAAGUACUCUGUGUUUUUGUAUCAUAGAGUCUUCCUGAAAUAUGCUUCAAAUCUUUGCGAUAUGCAUGCACUGUCAGGAAAACAAGAUACUGUCACGGAAUUUGGCCUCUGUUUUUUACCAAGUUAUUAUGCAAAAAUGAGCGAAAAUCACCAAUGUGUUGGCUAUCAUAAUAAUAAGUUGAAGAUUUGAUCUCCAGUUGAAAAACUGUUCUCUGUUCCUCAGGUUGUGAGAGCCUUUGGUCUUAUGGAGUGGAGCGAUCCAAGAAUCCUUCGAAGUCUAAAAGAGCGGGAGAAAGGCGAAGGGGCGUUAGCAAAGUGAGGAUGUUAAAGGAGAUAGAAUGUAUUAACAUUUUUUUCUGAAAAAUGAGAAAAAGGGAGAAAAAAUUUAACUUCAACCAAUUACUUUUCCAUCAUAGAAUAUCAGAUUUCGAUUGAAAAGCUUUUUAGUGGACGUCAUCAAUAAGUGUCCUUUGUUUUUCUUUCAGAGAAGCAAGAAAAACACUGGCUUAUUUAACAAGGUUAGUACUUGUGGUUGUUUAG